AUAAAAAUUACGACGCGAGAGUCGAAUGGAUCAACCGCAGUAAUUUAAUAAAAACUUUUGAUAUUUUACAAUGUUGUGUUGCGAAUAAAGUGCCUAUAUGUUUUGAUGAUUGUUCUGUAGGAUAAGUGUUAGUUAAUAAAUGCUUUCGAGAUGUCGAAGAACAAAAUCGCGGCUAGAAUCGACAGCCAAAAUGUUGAAGUCAAAACUAAGUUUGAUGCGGAAUUCCGUCGGUUCUCCCUCAACCGUAUGGAGAAGCUGAAGUAUGAAGACUUCAAGGGUCUGAUAGAGAAGCUGCACAGGCUGCAUGAUGUGGCCUUCCUCAUAUCAUACACGGACCCCAGGGACGGGGACUUGCUGCCCAUCAACAAUGAUGAUAACCUGGCGCGGGCACUGCUCACUGCACGUCCGCUGCUCAGGGUCAUCAUUCAACGGAAGGGUGACAGCCUGGAAGAGCUCAACGGCUACGGGACGAUGCGCCCGCGCAACAUAAUCUCGUCGAUCCUGAGCGGCACGCCGGCCAAGAACAAAGGACUCGCUAUCUCCAACCCCCACGACUUUAGGAUGGUAUCAGCAAUAAUAGACGUAGACAUAGUACCGGAGACUUGCAGGAGAGUGAAGCUGCUCAAACACGGGUCCGACAGGCCGCUGGGUUUUUUUAUUAGGGAUGGUACAUCAGUUCGUGUUACGCCGAACGGCGUGGAGCGAUCAGCGGGCAUCUUCAUAUCGCGACUGGUGCCGGGCGGGCUGGCGGAGUCCACCGGCCUGCUGGGCGUCAACGACGAGGUGCUGGAGGUCAACGGCAUCGACGUCUCCAACAAGACCCUCGAUCAGGUGACGGACAUGAUGGUGGCCAACUCGUCCAACCUGAUCAUCACGGUGCGGCCCGCCAACCAGCGUGCCGCUCCGCCUCCCACAGAGACGCUCAGCCGCACCAGCCAGCCCUCCAGCGACCACGACGAAGACAGAUUCGACCAAGACGAACAAGACGAGAUCGUGGACCUAACAGCGGUCACUCUAGAAGACCAACCGGAGCAGAACUUCAACGUGCCCGCGAAGGACGACGGCCAAGUGUUACACCUCUAGUACAUACUGCGCAGGUACCGCCAGGGGGUGAGGGGACAGCUUGUCUAGGAACUGCAAAGAUGUCGCUGCAAUCCACGUGCAGUUACGCAUACGUGCAAAAACAUUGCUGUAAUCUAUGUGCAGUUAUGCAUACGUGCAAAAUUAUUUUUGUAAUCCACGUGCAGUUACGCAUAUGUGCAAAAACAUUGCUGUAAUCUACGUGCAGUUAUGCAUACGUGCAAAAUUAUUUUUGUAAUCCACGUGCAGUUACGCAUACGUGCAAAAAUAUUGGUGCAAUCUACGUGCAGUUAUGCAUACGUGCUAAAAUAUUGCUGCAGUAAUGUUUAAGAUCACAAUUUGAAUAGGAACUGUAAAAAAAUGCUAUCUGCGUGCAGUUUCGUCUUUAAGCAAGUUAUUAUCUACAUCGUAAUAUUAGCGUUAAUUAUAAAAAAAAACACGUCAUGAAUCAUAUGAAUAGGCGUCUUUAAAGUGACCUUACAUAACGAAAUACAUACGUAAUGUGUAGGAUAUGAAAGCUACAAUUCUUCAAUUAUUAGUAAUAAUAUUAUGGUUCAGCCCGGGAACUGCAUACAAAUAUCUUGUUCUUGUUGUGUGCCUUACCCCGUGCGUGUGAGCGAGACAGACAUCGCGCGCUCGCUUACUCCUUACGGCUUAAAUAGACAUAGGGUAUAUGACUAAAGGGGGUGAGGUAGUUCAUGCUCGCUCCAAGCGUGUCAGUGCGGAGUAACAGUAUACAGUAGUAUGAAGAGGAAGAGGCGUACAGUCAUGAGCAAUAUAAUGUACCCACUUUAGGACUCUGUCGCACUAACAUAUUUGACAUUUAGCGAGACUUAGAGUUCAAUUUGUCAAAAAAGUUAAUGUGACAUGGUACCAAAGUGUAUACAUAUUAGUACUCGUGACCGUACCCACCUUAAUACGCGUGUUUAGCCUCUCCGUGCGCCGCGAUAUCUUCAAGUUUCAAGUUUAUUUAUUUCUGAACAAUUUUUACAUUGUGUCGAAAAUUAUACAAAAAAAUAAUAAUAACAAUAUAUCAGUAUCAGUAAAACAAAAGAAAACAGUGAAUACAAACUGCCACACACUAAAUGCAUAACACAAUAAAAUAAUUCAAUUCCCGUUUCAGCAAACCUUAAACAAUUCGUAACAUAAUAAUUAUUAUAAUAAUUACAAAAGCCAAUCAUAGUCAAUUUAAAAUAGGGGUCUAUAUUAAAAUCCAUAAUUGAAAAUCCGUAAUCAUUUAAAUACAUAAUCAUUAAUAUAUAUAUAGGCCUAUAUAUAUAUAUAUAUAUAUAUAGGCCCGCACCUUUAUGUAUGUAUAACUGCACGCAAAUUGCUGUCAAACUGCAAAGAAAAAUGCACCUACAUCACAUAUGCAGUGCGUACUUUACUGGCAAGCAUCCAGUAAUAUUAAGUGUCAGUAUAUAGCAAUGGUAUGAACAUUCCAUUUUUAUAUCGUGAUUUAUAAGAUAUUAUCAUAGUGAGGAAAUACAAUGGUGCAAAAUGUAUGGAAGGAUGGUUUUAGGUGAAAUUAUAGGCUCGAAAGUUUAGUACUAAGUGGACAUUCCAUCUUAUGCCUUAUAGUGUCUGCCUUAAAGUAUGAAUAAUGAAGGCUUUUAGGUCGACAAGGAUCGUUUGACGGUUGUAUGACAUUGACAGGACAGCGAUGGUGUGCUCCAAUUGGGGUAGUCAGAGGUACAUCCAUCGCAAGAUGAACUAAGUACAAACAACUCACCGCGCUUUCUGUUAGACCAACGUGAUAGGUCAAAGUAAUGUAAAAGUCACUGUGGUCCUGUUCACCGGCUUGCUUCUCAAAAUUCAAAUUCAAAAAUAUGUUUAUUCAGUUGGUAAAAUAGUUACACUUUGAAUCGUCAAUUUUUACAUAACGAACGUCUCAUCCGCCUAACACUACUGCAGCUUCUCACAACCUGUGUAGCCGGGGAAAAGAAGCUGCAAGAAAAACCUCGGCACAGGGCCCUAGGCGUUCUUUAAAAAAAAUAAACAUAAAAUAUUUUUAUACAAUUGAGUAAUUUAGCUGCCUAAUAUCAAAAAGGGGAGCGUCAGUUCGAACUCCGGUACCAGACUUGCACCAGUUAUUAAUUUAUCUCAAGUGCAAUAACACAGUUGGCUCGACCAUUAUAGACGGAGAUACGACCUAUCACGUUGGUCUAACAGAAAGCUCGGUGAAUUAUGGGUACUUAGUUCAUCUUGCGAUGGAUGUACCUCUGAGUACCCCAAUUGGGACACAUUUGUGAGUUUAUGUUAUGUGUUAUCUAUCAAAUGCAGCGUCAGUUCCGAUUUUGGCCACCCGCCAAAACAUCCUUGAUACUAAACUCACUUACCCUUGAUUUGGCGCGUCGCCAAAUCAUCCUUGUCGGUCUAUAAUAGUGACAAGGAUGUUUUGGCGGGUGGCCAAAUUGGAAUGUAUAGAGAUGGGGCACACUAGCGCUCCUAUCAAUGUCAUCCAAGUACUGGAACGUCCUUGAGGACCUUUAAAGUCAAACGACAAUAGCAUAGUUGCCUAAAUCAAAGAUCAAUUAUAAAAUACUUAUCACGUAAUCGGGGUUACUAAUAAAACAUUCCAUUUUUCAAUCCAGGAUAAAAACUAAAAUUUUCAACUCAGGCGGCGGCGCUGUUGAGUGUUCCAAAAUUUUGACAGUUCUCCAUACUGUCCAGCUAAAAUUCGCCAUAAAUUGCGAUAAAAUGUGGAGCAACGUGAAUUGUAUCCGAGAGAAGGACGAGUUACGAAGAAGAAAAGCCAUUAGUUGGAAAAAUGCAGUUUUGAUUGAAAAUCUUUUUGUCUAAGGUCGGAAUAAACAUAACACUAUGAUUUUGCAGUUAAACGCUGCGCAAACGGUUAUAGUGUAUAAAUAUAACCAAAACAAUAAUGUUCGUUUACUCAAACAGUAUGACGAACUGUCAAAAUUGAACACUCAACAGUAGCGACAGCUGACGGGAGAAAUAGGAAAUUUUUAUCCUCAAAUCAUUUAACAGGAUGUUUUUUAUCCAAAAAUCCUGUUAAAUAACAGUGCAUAUAGGUAGCUUAAGAAUCAAAUAGAAAAAAAAACGGCUAUGAUCCCAAUCGAGGUAGUCAGAGAAUCGAGAUUGUAUAUUAAAAUUUAAUGUACUUAAUGACAAUUGUGCCUAAAUAUUUUAUAUAAUUAUUAUUGUUAUCAAAAUCUAAGUUUAGCGCUGAUUAGACGAACAUUCCCUAUAGAUUCGGUAAGAUUGUGUAUUCUUUUUUCUUUAUCCUAAGGGUGGUAUUAAUAAACUCAGCUUCGAGACUGCCCUCAAGAUCAUGUCAAUGUGACAGUUCUUAAAUCAAAACAGGGACUUGAGCAGGAUCUUGCGGGCAGUCUCAGCUGAGAUUAGUUUAUUAAUACCACCCUAUGACUCCACCACGCUGCUCCACUCAGGUUUGGUAGAAAUGAGUUGAAUAUACAAUUUUAUCGUUCUAAUAGAAUAUUGUUUAUCUGCCUAAAAUGUACUUAACGAAACGCAUAUCGAUUCCAUAUCAAAUGCGCUUCAAGCAUGUAUAAAAAAAACCGAAAUAUUGGUGUCAUUCUUGGGGGUUAAAAUGGUAGCUAUUCAUCUAAGAAAGCAAUAUUGCUAUUUGACAUUUGUGUGCAAUGCGCACUUACUUUUAUAUGCGCAAAUGUCAAUUAAUAUUGCUUUUUUAGAUGAAUUGCUUCGAUGUGGCCUUCCCCCCGAUCACUACAAAGUCUUCAAUGCCUCGUUUAUUGUAUUUAAUUGUUAGGUAUGCUUUAGUGCAUUGAUUUAGUAGGAAUUUUACAAUGAAGAUGUUCAUUUUAAAAAGAAGAAAUAUCGCGGCAUUGUCCACAAAUGUCAAAUAGCAAUAUUGCUUUUUAGAUGAUUUUUUUAGUCGGGUAAAAAAAAACUAGAAUUUAUUUUAUUUAUUUGACACACCAACUGUCAUUGUAAGAUUUCUACAAAGUAUUUGGGUAAUCAUUCCAUUUUUAGUGGGCUGGUUUUCCCUUCGCGGGUUGGAAGAUCAGACAAGCAGUCACUUCUGUAAAAAACCGGACCUGUCAAAUCUUCAACUUAGGUAAGCGGACCCUGUGCACAACGGGAUAACGCUAUAGCGUUAAAAAAAAUAACGCAAUCUCUAGAUGAUUCCAUUUCUUAUUAUUAUUUCUUUAAAUGCGGACAAUAAAAUUUAGGUUAAAUGAAAUGUAUUUGUUAAGUGUCAAAUCUCCAUCCAUUUUGUUGUAGUGUGAAUACACCCUGUUCGAUUAUUGUUGUUAGGAAUUUGGACCGUAGAUUUUAGUCAAUUAAAAAAAGUGUUUUUUUUUCUAUUAUUAGCACAGCGGCAGUACGGUCUAAUACUAAUAUGUAUAUGCUUUGGUACCAUGUCACAUUAACUUUUUUGACAAAUUGAACUGUAAGUCUCAUUAAUUGUCAAAUGUGUUAGUGCGACAGGGUUCUAAAGUGGGUACAUGAUGAUGUUCAUGACUCGUACCUCGUGGGAGUGAGACAGACAGUUCUUGCGCGCUCCCUCACUCAUCAACUUACGGCUUAAAUUAAAACAGCCUUCAUCGAAAGGGUGAGGUAACAGCACGAGCCUAAACCAAUGUUUAUUGAAAUUGUUUUCGAAUUCAUGUUGUUCAUAAAUGAUUAUCACGUGCUCAGCGGUGACGGAAAACAUCGUGAGGAAACCCACAUUCCCGAGAAAUGCGUCCCGAAGGUAUGUGACCUGUAUCGGGCUGGUUUUCCGUUCGCGUGUUGGACGGUCAGACCCAGCCGCUUCUGUAAAAAAAACCGGACCUGUCAAAAGUUGAGGUUAGGUAAGCGGACCCUGUGAGAAACGGGAUAGAGUAAAAUAUUAUGAUGAUUAAAAUUUCUACUUUAUUUUUCAGAUUUUGACUAAAAAUACGGUUCAUAUUCGAAACUUUAUGGCUAGAUAUAUUUACUACGUCGUUAUUAUUCACUUCCCAUGGAAGGUGCUAAUUAUAAAUCACAUGAAAUCUAUUAAAAUAUUAUUGUACUGAUGUUUCCAUGCCUAUUUUUGUAUUUAUAAGAUUUUUUAAAUUGGCUUACAUUGUAUCGAGUUUGAAAACUAAAAUGGCGGAAAAUGUUUUCUUUUUUUGAAUUAGGUAUACAGAUAGCUGUCACUUUGACAUUUAGAACCCUUAUUAAAAAAAUAAUAAUUGACAUUUAGAAACAAAUUGGCCCUAUUAAGUCUGUCAGUGGUACCGAAUCCAGUAAACACCAUCUAAUUUAAUUUUAACUUAUACCUGUCAUUUUCUUAUCCGCUGAAAAGCAAAGGGACGGGCAAUCGACAAGCUAAAAAUUUUACAUCGGCCAAUAACCCGACAGAUUUAAGUUGGCACAACGUACCAACGAGAUACCUAUUUGAUUCGCCCAGGUUAUUCACUCAUUAAUUUUAAAAUUAACGUAUGUCAAUUGGGUAGUUUCCUAGGUCAAAGAUAAAUUAUGAUAUUCUGAUUACUAAAUAAAAACAGAUCUAAAGGUGAUCAAUUUUCUUUUUUCUAUUUAACUUAUUUAUGAAUUUGAAAUUUUGAUUACUAAAUAAAGUCAGAUCUAAAGGUGAUAAAAAACGUUUUCUUUUUUCUACUUAGUUUAUUUAUGUAUUUGAAAAAAGAAAACUGUAAAUUAAUUGCGACAUUGGCCCCGAUUCCUGCAGACACCGCCUAAUUUUAUUUUAGGUUAUAUCCGUCAUUUUCAUAUCCGUCGAAAAGGAAAGGGACUGAUGAUUCACAGCUCUUAAUUUUAGGAAGAAUGAGUAAAUGAAUGUGUCGGGUUAUUGACUGAUGUAAAAUUUUUAGACGGUUGGUUUAGAUUUGUGCUUAAAAUUGACGUGUGUUCCAUAAAUUUUAUGCUUGUCGAUUACCCGUCCCUUUCCUUUUUGGCGGAUAAGAAAAUGACAGAUAUAACUUAAAAUAAAAUUAGAUGGUAUUUACAGGAAUUAGCACCAUUUUCUCACGUUUUUCACAUAAAUUCCAUAGCAAAUAGGACAUUCCGUGUCUCGAAUCUCUGAUAUAUUAAUCCAUACUUUUUAAUGCCUAUCAUUUUCAAUUUGGUAUUGUAAUUAUUGUCAUGUUGUAAAUAGGGUAGUUGAAAUAUUUUAAGAAAUUAAUUAUGGAAUUUUACACUAGCUAUUGUUGAACUUACCUAUUUUCCUUAAACUGUUUUCAUCAAAUACUUUUCUUAGACUCUAUAAUAAUGUUUAUUAAUCGUAACGGACACCACGAGCACUAGUAACGUGAGUGAAUUUAGAACCUUGUUCGCAUUAACAUGUUUGAUAUUUAGUGAGACUCUCGAGAUGCAAUUUGUCAAAACAGUGAAUGUGACAUGGUACUAAUGUUGGUGAGACCAACAACACACGACAACAACUGCCCUAUUUUAUACCCAUAUUUACCUUACCUAUAUUUUUGGAAAUAUUCAUAACAUUGUCUUGAGUGAAAACUACGCAAGCGCCAUUUUGAAAAAUCACAUUCUGAUAUGACAAAAAACCUUAAUUCUUGUUGGAAUAAGGGACUUUCCAACUUACGUUCUUUAAAAAUCACAUAGAUGGCGUUGUUCAGAUUAGGAAGUUUGUUAUAAACCAGUCUUUUUUUUAUUUAAAACACAUAAUAACGGGUUCUUACCGCGUUUAAAGUAGGGAUAUGAUAUGAGACUCCCGAUAUUUCGACACUGUUGCAAGUGCCAUGAUCACUAGAUGACUGAUGAGAUUGGAGUGGAGUAGGUGAUCCAUAUUUUUUUUGUGUGAAGUACCCGUUAUUAUGUGUUUUAAUUAUGAUAAUAACCGCGUAAACUUAAAACAAUGUACAGUCUUUUUUUGUUUUUCUGACCUUCCGACAUGCAAAGGGAACGCCCAUACAGCCAGUAAACCAUAGCCUAAAAUUGAAUCAUGGUGAAAAAUCGAGUUUCUAACAGCCAAAUCUUCAUUUGGAGCGGUAAACAUAGUUAAAAACUCCAAAGUCUUAUACUUUAUGGCCAUAGAGAAUAUUUUAGAAUGGGAAUAUUUUUUACUUUGAUCCGCUAGCCGUACUGCCAGUAAUCUAAACUCAACAACGCCAUCUAUGUGAUUUUCAAAGAACUUCAUCUGGAAAGUUCCUCAUUCGGGUAAAAUUUUUAACUAAAACUUUUUACCUGCGGGCUUAGCAUCGUAAGCACGCGACUCUUUCUCGCCGCGACAGAGAUCAUCUGUCUCCUUCUGUGCAGUACUGUGAGAGAGUGACGGGUGAUGUAUGUCGAGGCGAGGAGUCGCGCGCUUACGGUGCUAAGCCCGCAGCAGGCUUAGCGCGCUGAAGGCGCGAGCACAGCGAGUAAAUGUCAAAAAGCGAGUUGUCAAAUUUGACAGACGAGUUGAGGUUCCUCGUUCGCGCAUCGACUUGCUCGCGACUUGAAAAUUCUGUCACACAAAUAAUAAAAACGAUCAUUUUUCUCAUUUUGUUAUUGAAAUAAAAGUCCUUUUAUUCUUUUUCUUGGCUCUUCUGUAAGCAAUGUACAAUAAGGUAUUUCCUUUGGAGUGCAAUGUCUUGAAAAAAACGCGUGUAUCCGGUAAUCGCCUGUACCAAGAACCUUAUUUUUUUAUGGUUGUCGCGUCGCGCUUACAAUAGUGUCACACCCCGGACACUUCAUACAAACAACCUCGUUUUACACAGACACCACACAUUGACAUUAUCAUACACGCGCAUCUGUGUAUGUGACGUCUGGCGCCAUACGAUUUAAGUCUAAACGAUGUUCGAGGGGGGGUGAGGUAAACCUAGCUCACGCUGGUGGGGUGCGAAGAGUUGCCGUUCUAUACGUAGUAUUAUUUAUUAUUCUAUGAUAGCGUGCUAAGCCUGCUGGAUCAAAACUUAUUUUUCGCGUGUCUGUUGCAAGGUUUUGUUAAACAAAAAUCAUAUCCGAAUAUGGUUUUUCAAAUAAGACUUCGAUAUAAAUGUUGAAUAAUGUAGGGCCUACACCCGUGCCUUGGGGUACUCUUUAAUUUAUUAGUAGGAGAGUGCUUAAAUAUUAUAAUAAGGUUAUUCCCUCUGUGAAUAUUUGAAAUUGUGUAAAUUGAUUUUUAGAAGUUGAAUAUUUUAUAUGUUUUUUACGACUUCAUGUAAAAACUUAUGUCAAAAGAUAUGGAGGGAAACAAAAUUGUUUAAAAACUUCUACAAUUCAUUUACACAGGCAUAAUCGGCUUAUGAAUUUUUUUACUUAACAAUAAUCAUUAAAAUUUUAGUAUUUUUUAUAUUUUAUCAGGACUUAGUUUUUAAAAGUGAAUACUAGAUCAAACUAUUACUUAGUAUUUCGAGCUUAAUUUAAAGAAAAAAAUGUAUUUAAUGUAUUUUUAAGGAAUGUAUUCUUAGUUAAGACAAGGAGGUAGUUACAUGCACAUAUCUGAUCUAAACUAGGUUUAAAAAACAAACUUUUUUUCAUCUAAGCAGUUUGUAUAUUUUUUUGUAAGCUACUUUUAGAAAGCAUUAUAGAUAAUGUAAAAUACACAAUUCCUUUUUUUCAUUUUUCAGUAUUUUUAAUCUGUAUUUUGCAAGUGACAUUUUAUUUUUUAUUGAAAUCACGAAUGUACUUAAUUUUUUUUACACGCGUUGCCUUGGGUGGUGUUUUGGACGCAAAAUUAAAAAUACGUAGUUUGAUGAAUCGGCUCAAAUAAAUGGUCCAAAAGGUGUUAUAGUCAAGCAGUAUACAUAGUUUAAGAAGUUAUUUACACUCUAAGUUGAUACACCCGUGUUGUAUGUAAUAAAAUAUAUUCUUAUUUAA